GCCAAACCAAAACAAUAAUUCGGUUCUUCCUCUCAUUUCAUCAUUUUUAUUUAAUUCAAGCGAGCCUUUGUGGACCUGGGAAGCGUGUAAUGAACACGUGACGGCCUGGCUGGGGAAGGUGCUGCGAGAGAACGAUCACUUACUGGCCGAAGUCCGUCCCGCCCACAGUCCGUCUUGCUUGCAGUCCCACGCCCGCCUGCUCUUCGGCCACGAGUCGGCGGCGCGGGCGUACGUUCGCUCGGAGCACGUCAGGCACCGCGCCCUCGAGAUGUACUGCAGGUUCGCCCCCGCCCACCUGGACGCCCAAAUAGCCCACGUGAGGACCUCCACGCCGCCCGGAGCAGAGCAGGAGGAGCGCAUUCGGAGGCUGAGGGCGCGUGUGGAGCAGCAGGCGCCCCUCAGAGCUCUCACCUGCUUGAUGGUGGCGUGCAAGGUGGCAGGGGAGCGGCAGGUUCUUCCCGAGCGCCCGAGACUGAACCCCCAAAUCCUGCAGAGACUCUUGGAAACGGAAGGCUUCCUGUACUCCUUCGGGGACAUCGUGCGCUCGGAGAAGAGGGUCUUGGAGCAGCUGCAGUUUCGGUGCUUCAAAACAACCACGGCACUCGAGAUGCUCCAACUCCUCCUGUGCGCUGUGGUGCUGGACUGCGUGGGUGACGGUGCCAAAGACAGUGCCAUCCAGUGCCAGUUCUUAACUUCGCUCGAGACUUUGCACAGAACAUCCGUGAGAUUGCUCGAGUGUGCUUUGCUAAACAGGGUGAGAGUUUACGACGAUUUUUACCAUUCAGUGACAGGAAGAAGGCACUUAGAAGCGAGGCACAGACCGACGUUCGAGCGCAUUUCCCAGGACCAAGUGCUGUUCGUGGGCGCGGCGCUGGUGGCGGGCGAGGGACGUCUGCAACGAGGCGGAGGCGGCUCUCGUGGCGUCCUACCUGAGGGCCCGCACGGGGACUCCCUCGGGGGACUUCCUCGGGUUGUCCCACUGCGUCCGGAGGUCCGCCAGGCGUCCUCGCGGGAGGGAGGAGGAAGGAACGAGGAAGAGGAGAAAGCUGGUGGAGGACGAGGACGGCUUUGGGGAGCUGUGUCGGUCCGGAGAGGCGCGUCCUGGGCUGAGUUCGACGGAGGAAUCGACGUUGUCGCCGUCGUUGUCAUCAUAUCAUCAUCAUCAUCAUCAUCGUUAUCAUCAUCCAUCAUCAUUAUUAUCAUCGUUAUCAUCACCAUCAUAAUCAUGACCGCCAUCAUCACCACCACCAUCAUCAUCACCAUCAUCGGCAUGAUGUUAUUACUAUUAUUCAUCCAGAGGAUAUUUUUUCUGAACUCUAAUCGUCAUCAUCGACAUCAACGUCAAUAUUGAUACUAAGGAUAACAUGGCCAACAGGAAUCGUCAACAUUUCAUUCCACUUGUCACCAAUUUUAAUGCGAUCUAGAGAAAUACCGGUAAUAAAAAUGAUAAAAAAGAUCAAGUACCCUUUCAUUCGUAAAUAUUGAAGGACAAACCUACUACUUCAAAAUAUAUAUACUGUUCUCGAC